UCCUCGCACUCUCAUCAUCCUCCGUAAUACUGCUUCCAGUCUCUGCUCGGCUACCAAGGACGCCGACGCAAACAACUUCUACCCAUUAAUGAUGGAUAACAAGCCAGAGGAAUGUUCAGUGUGUUAUAACGAUUAUGAUGACAAUCAGCUACGGCCUCGUACACUGCCGUGCGGCCACACAUUCUGCUCCCAGUGUAUUGACAAUGCUAUCGAGAAUGGUCAACUGACCUGCCCCAACUGCCGUGCCCAGCACACUGCCACAGCUGCUACUCAGUUCCCAAUUAGCUACGCUGUGGAGGCUUUAGUUAGGAAACUGAAAGAUAUCCAGCUAACACAAAAGAAAACUGUACCAGUAAAAAAGAAGUUACAUUCCCUGGUGCAGGAGCAGAAGAGCAGCAUCAGCAGCCUCAUUACUAGCUGUGAAGAGGUACUGUCCCAGCUGGGGGAGUACCGAGGGCAGCUGGGGGAGAAGUUUACACAUCCAUAG